CUCUCCUCUCUUUCUUUCUUCUACUACUACCAGACUCGCUCUCUUAUACUCUUUGCUUUGUCUGUGUGAAGAUUUUGUGUUUCGAGAUUUUCCGGAUCAAAUUCCGAUCUCUCCGUUGCCGGAAGCUAUGCCUUCGCCGGCGGGUGUGCGGUGACGAUUCCGGUUGGUGUUUCAGUCACGAGCUUUCAUCAGCUGCACCAUGGAAGUUAAAGGUUUUGGCGUCUUCUUCUUCUUCCGGUUCGUUUUGUAGUAGUAGUAGUAGUUCCCACUUCAAAGAUUAGUUUGAGUAGUACAGCCACGACGGCUUUACUAGUGAUAGCGGUGCUCGGUGCUUUCACUAAUGAGAGAAGAAACUUGUUCUAUACUUUGCUGGUUAGAGAGGAUUUGAAGCAGCGCUCAGCUGCGCAAGUCCAGUAAUGGACACUUUUUCGGCUGGAGAAGAUUUGAUCAUUAAGGCAAGAAAGCCAUAUACUAUUACCAAGCAGCGGGAGCGGUGGACUGAGGAGGAGCAUAAUAGGUUUCUUGAAGCCUUGAAGCUCUAUGGGCGAGCAUGGCAGCGCAUUGAAGAACAUAUAGGUACAAAGACUGCUGUGCAGAUCAGAAGUCAUGCGCAGAAAUUCUUUUCAAAGCUGGAGAAGGAGGCAGUCAGUAAAGGUGUUCCGGUAGGACAAUCAAUUGACAUAGAUAUUCCGCCUCCACGCCCUAAAAGGAAACCAAGCAAUCCUUAUCCUCGGAAGUCUAGUGAAGCUGCUCCCACAUGGUCCACAUCGCAUGUUGGAGCAAAGGAUGGAAACCUUGUGUCAUCAGCUUCUUCUUCACAUUGUAAACAAGCAGUGGACUUGGAGAAAGGACAACUUGAUGAGAGAUCCAGUGGAGGAGAAAAGCCAAGUUAUGGAAAAGAAAACAAAGAUAAAAAUUGUUCAGAAGUCUUCACCAUACUCUCAGAAUCGCACUGCUCCUCUGUGUCUUCUGAAAUCAAAAGUUCCAUACACACACAGGUGGCACUCAGAACUGCUUGCACUUUUAGAGAGUUUGUGCCUCCAGUGAAAAAGGUAAUCCCUCGAGAUGGCAAUGAAUCUUAUGUCACUAUUGAACUUAAAGGAAAUGAGAUUUUGAAGAAAACUGAUACCAAAAAGAUAGUUCAAGAUAAUGCCACAAGUGAAGCCUCAAAGUUGGAGAACACUAAUGCUUUAAAGUUGGUUCAAGGUGAGAAAGCAGAUGAUUUGAAUUGUUCAUUGCCAACAGAUGGGAUGCAAAGUACUCUGACCUGCCCGAGGAAUGUUCCUAUACAGAUACUGGAUGGGAGCGGUGGAGAAUGUAAUCGAACUACAACCCCAGCUUUGUCGUUAUCAUUCCAGGACUCUGUGUUUCAUCCUAUGGGAAAGAUUCAUGUACAGCCUAACCUGUUUACAAAUCCAGCUGCAUCUACUACUACUACUACUACUACUACUGAACAUGAUAGUAAUGUAUCAAGAUCUUGUAUUGACCAAUCAAUUCCAGCUAUUCCGCCUCCAUUCACCCCAUUCCACCACAAUCAAGAGGACUACCACUCAUCCCUUUCCUCCACAUUUUCAAGUCUUAUUGUCUCUUCUCUGCUACAGAACCCUGCAGCCCAUGCUGCGGCUAGUUUUGCAGCCACCUUCUGGCCUUACACCAAUUUAGAGAACAAGGAAGGUUCUCCUGCAUGCUCAGCCGGAAGUUUUCCAUCUAGCCUAAUGAACUCCCCUCCAAAUAUGGCAGCCAUUGCUGCGGCCACUGUAGCUGCAGCAACUGCCUGGUGGGCUGCCCAUGGAAUGCUUCCCUUGUGCGCUCCUCUUCAAACUAGCUUUAGCUGUCCUGUGCCCAUGACUGGAGUUGCAUCAAUGGACAAUGAUCAAGCUCAUGCAGCCGAGGCAGAGAAAGGACAGGGUACUAUUCAAGGUCCUUCAUUGCAGGAUCAACAGCAGGAGCCAGAACACUCAGAAGCUGUGCAAGCACAACAUUCACCUUCAAAAUCACCAACCAUAUCCUCAUCAGAUUCUGAAAAUGGAGGCGCAAAGCCUGAAAUUGGAUCAAAAGCUGAUGACAAUGAGAAGGACAUAGCAUCAACUGAAGUUCAAGACUUGAACAAAGCAAAGAGCAAAAAACAGGUGGACCGUUCCUCGUGUGGUUCAAACACAACUUCCUGCAGCGAAGUAGAGACAGAUGUAUUAGAGAAGCAAGAAAAAGGCGAGGAAGAACUAAAACAACCUGACUUGAACCCAGCUUCUGAGUCCAGUUACCGCCGCACUAGAAGUAUAACCAACAUGAGUGAUUCUUGGAAAGACAAACACAUGAAUGAUUCAUGGAAAGAAGUUUCUGAAGAGGGGCGAAUGGCAUUUCAAGCAUUAUUCUCAAGAGAGGUAUUGCCCCAGAGUUUUUCACCUCCACCUGAUGUGAAGGAUAAGGGGAAUCAGGACACUAUAGAAGGACAGCAGGAUAGUGGUGAGAAAGAUGGAAGAGCUCUAAUGUUAGACCUGAACAGCAAGGCCUGGGCACCAUUUUGUCACCCAGAAGUGGAGAAAAUUGCAUCACCACCAGGAGGGCACAACGAUGCAGAGGGGCUGUUGACAUUAGGCUUGGGAUAUGGAAAGCUAAAGUCUCGUCGAACAGGAUUCAAGCCUUACAAAAGGUGCUCGGUAGAGGCCAAUGAGAACAGGGUGGCAAAUGCCGGCAGCCACUGUGAAGAGAAAGGUCCCAAGAGGCUUCGCUUGGAAGGGGAAGCUUCAACUUGAAAUUCGAUAUUGCAUGCAAAAUCAAAGGAAACCUUUGCUUUUGCAUGUAAUGUUAUUGUUUCCCCCUUUAGAUAUCAUAUCCCUUCACGUUUCAUUUCAAUCUUCUUGUCAAGGAGAUCAGGAACUUGUCUGGGUGUGUGUACCGUAUAUAUGUCUUGCAUUUACUCAUUCACUACCUUUGGACCAUCACAACUGCACUUGAAGACUUUGUUCGUUUGAUCAGCCAUGACAUGGCACUCUACUUCUAAAUGUACUUGCUGUAUCAGAGAUUUCAAGUCUCAUUACCAAAGAGAUUUCUAAGUCUAACCGGGUAUGCCAUUUCAUGCAAAAUUCGCUAUCCACCACCUACAGGUUACUUGAUUGUGCUUGUAUUAGACACACUUUUGGAUGUGAUGCGAAGCUGUUGCGUUUCGGCCGAAAAUAGGGUGAACGGCUGUUUUGAUAAUAGUCCUUGUGCACAGAUGAAAGGAGAGACGACCAGGGAAAGAAUAGAGAGAUAUACACAUGAUUGUAUGCGGAUGCCGACAAGGCAGAAAGAUUCUACUGCCGGUUUUGCACACCAAGAACCACAUUUUGUGAGGAUUGAUUGUCAUGACAAAAGUUUAGCCCUUGCUUUAAUAGCCAAGCACGAGUAUUAG